GCGGGAUCACGGAAGUUUAAACCCUUUCUGCAGCUGCGCAGAGGAGUACUGCGCUCUCAGCUGUACACAGUGACCCCCUCAGAGAGUAGAUGCGGAGGUCGGGACAGUUCAGCCCCCUUUCAGAAAUUGAAACCUUGCUAAAGAUUAGCAGGUAGACAUCCGGCUUUCUUUGACCUCUAAAACAGAGUGUCUGAAGAAUAUUUAUUCUGGACAUUUUCAUCAACACUGACUUUGGCAACCGCAAGUUCCCUACAGCUGUGCCCGGCGCACCUCACCGUCUAAAGUCUUCAGCAUGUAUCAGAUUGUCCCGGUGGCUCCUGGGGAGCAGCAGUUUUCUGGGGAAGCUGGGGGUUCUCCCUUGAAGAAGAAACUGGCAAACGAAGGCCGCCCUCUGGUGAUAGCAGGCAUGCUGGGCUGUGUGUUAGUGCUGGCUGCUGUGGUUGCUUGGUGCUACUACUCAGCUUCCCUCCGUAAGGCACAUCUGUUAAAAACUGAACUGCUGGACCUCAACAAGGACGGGUUUAUCGUUCGUAACCAAGCAGGGGCUGUCCUCUUCAGUAUGGCCUUCAGAUCUGGCACUCUGGAUCUGGACUCCUGCUCAAAGGAGGAAAAUAUGCUGAGCUGCACUCAGUCAGAUUCUGGCAAAAUCAACUUCUUCAUCCAGACGGUUCGACUAAAGGACACAGUGAUGUGUUACCGUGUUCGCUGGGAGGAGCUGCAAAACAAGCACUCUGUGGAGCACGCCAUGGCCUAUAAUGACUCUCAUUGGUAUGGAGGGGCGGAGACAGCCACACAAUACUGGCCUAUCAGGAUCCAGGGUGAAGAGGAACCACAGCCCUUCAUCACCAGCGAUGUCUACUCGAAUCGGAAGGCAUUUGGGGGAAUCCUGGAGCGCUAUUGGCUGUCUUCUAAUGCUACUGCCAUCAAGAUUAACGACACUGUACCGUUUCACUUGGGCUGGUCAGAGAAGGACAGGACUCUCAGGUUCCAGGCCAGAUACCAGGACUCUCCCUUCAGACCACCAGAGGGUCAGCCGGCCUUUCCUGAGCUCAGCUAUAGAGUGUGUAUAGGGUCCGAUGUGACCUCUAUUCACAAAUACAUGGUGCGUCGGUAUUUCCCAAAGCCCAUCAAGGUCCCGUCUCCUGAAGUGUUCAAACAACCUCUUUGGUCCACGUGGGCUCUCCACAAGACAGCUGUGACUCAAGAGAAACUGCUGCGCUUCGCUUCUGACAUCACCAAGCAUGGCUUCACAUGUUCUCAUCUGGAGCUGGACGAUCGCUACACUGCCGACUACGGAGAGUUUGACUUUGACCCGCAGAAGUUCCCUAAUGCCAGCGGUAUGUUUGAAAAGCUCAGAGAGGACGGCUUUCAAGUGUCGCUCUGGACACAUCCAUUUAUAAACUAUGACUCCAUUAAUUUUGGCGUUGCUGUGGAGAAAGGACUGUUUGUGAGGGAGCCGAGCGGCGAGCUGCCCGCGCUGGUUCGCUGGUGGAAUGGCAUUGGAGGCAUCUUGGAUUUUACCAACCCAGAAGCCCGUGAGUGGUAUUCCUCACAUCUUGAGAUGCUCAAAAGUCACUAUGGUGUGACGUCCUUCAAGUUUGAUGCGGGAGAGACCAGCUACCUCCCUCGCCAGUUCAGCACCCUGGUACCACUGACCGACCCCUCCACCUUCACCCGCCGCUACACAGAGAUGGCCAUCCCAUUCAGUGAGCGAGCAGAGCUGAGGGUGGGUUACCAGAGUCAGGACAUCUCCUGCUUCAGCCGGAUCAUUGAUCGGGACUCUGUGUGGGGAUAUGAGCUCGGCCUUAAGUCUAUCAUCCCCACUGUUCUGACUAUCAGCAUUCUAGGCUACCAGUUUGUCCUACCUGAUAUGAUUGGAGGGAAUGCAUACCUGAACCGCACCACAGGUGUUUUGGAUGGCAAAAACGGUCUGCCAGACAGAGAGCUGUACAUACGAUGGUUGGAGCUGUCUGCUUUCAUGCCUGCCAUGCAGUUUUCUAUACCACCGUGGGCCUAUGACAAGGAGGUGAUAGAGAUUGCACAGAAGUUCACAGAGCUCCAUGAGACUCUGGUGGCCCCAAGGGUGCUGGAACUGGCGGGUGAGGUUCUUAACACAGGAGACCCAAUCAUAAGGCCCCUCUGGUGGAUCGCCAAUGAAGACGAGGCAGCCUACAAGAUUGACUCCCAGUUCCUGAUUGGAAACGACCUGAUGGUGGCUCCGGUGUUAGAGCCAGGGAAACAGGAGAGGGAUAUCUACCUUCCUGCAGGGCGAUGGAAAAGCUACAAGGGGGAACAUUAUGAUAAAGGUCCCAUGUACCUCGAUGACUACCCUGUGGACCUGGAUGAGAUAGCUUACUUUACGUGGGUUCAGCAAGACAAUUGAUAAUUAGAGGUACUUGGAAAUUUACAUACCCACACCCAUAUUGUACCCACAUGCACAUUUUUAUGAGCACACAUGCCAAGAAAGAGAGAGAAAUGUUUGCCUUUUUCUUUUCAAGGGAAAUGAACACUAGGGAUCUGCUGCCUCAGCAGAAUGUGAUUUUGAACAUUAACCUCAUGUCUUCUCUGACCUGCUGACCUUGAUGUGAACUUGUGCCUGCUGAUUUUUAACUGUCCGUCCAAAGUAUCAGAAGGAAAACCUGUUUUCCCGUCUGAUUCUCUUGUUCCAUCCUCACCAAGAUCCUCAUCCUCAUGUGCCUUCCACAGCCAAUAGUAAACCGAUCUGAUUGUAUCAUCCCCACAGUCUUCCACUGGGUAGACAUGUCGGUAACACAUUUUCUUCCCACAGCUAGAAAAACAUUGGUUUUAGGGUGAAUGUUAUUUUAUUCUGUUUUCUGUUCAUUUUAUUGCAGGGUAGUUAAAUAAGCUGUGUAACUAGGCAACUGAUAUGUAUCUUAAUUGUUCCUUGAAGGGGUUGAGCAAUGAAUCAGCAAUAAAUAUGCACUCAGAGAGCAUGCCUUACCUUAUGUAACCAUGGCAACUGUUGUGUUGUGGAAAUCUUUAAGUUCCCUUCUAACUAUGUUUAAGUUAAAGUGCAUUUGAAUUGCUUUGCACAGAUAAUAACUUACAAGUCAUUUGUUUGUAAUUGCUGUUUCUAUUUAUUAACUUUUUUGUUUUGUUUUGAUAUGUGGGUAAUAUUCUAGUGAAUGUACAGGUAAUUCAUGUAAUGCUGUUUUAAAAAAAAAAAAGAAAUGAUGGCUGCAUUUCAUGCUCAUCAGGCUUUUAUUUUUUUCUAUUCCUCAAUUUGUUGUGCCAAAAUCGAUCUACUGCAGUAUGCUUUUAAACAUCUGCACAAGUUAAAUUCACAGCUCAGGUAGAGGUAAAAUGCUACAUUUGUUAUGCUGGAUAUUUGUUGAUCCAUGUCAAGAUAUAUAAUUAUUAUUCUUACGCUGCUGGUUUGCCUUGUAAAACAGGUACUGUUCUUUAAAAAAAAAAAAAAAAAACAUGUUUCAAAGUGCCAUCCAUUCCUGCCUUGUGACUUUAUUUGCCUUAUCAGCUGAACUAGCGCAGAGAACCCGAAUAGUAACACAUUCCUCUGCACACAGUGAUAUAUACUCACACAGUGAUAUGCCUGAUGCUUUGCACCUUUUCAAUGAAAGUACUACUGUUUAGAAGUUCACGAGUGGUUUUAUUCUCAGAUGUGACAUCUGCCAAUAUAUGUCUGUAAACUCUUGCACAGUGAUUGCUGGCAUUAGAGUAAAGCACAUUACAAGUUGUCCAAAUGCUUUGCCUACCUAUAAUCCUACUGUAUACAGUAGAAUCAGACAUUGUUUGAAAUGCAUCAUUUAAAACACACAAAGUUGAUAUGGCAUUACAGCAUCUGUAACAUUGUUCUGAUGUUUUUGUUUGAUGAAACAAUGAAAUAAUCUUGCUGUA